AUCUGCGCCUGAGCUGCUGAGCUGCUGAGCUGCGCGGUUCGUUGCGGUGCAGAGGCUGCGGCGCUGACAUGGUGAGCGGACCGGUGCGGGAAACACGCCUUUCGCCGGUCUGCUGUCCACGUUUUAGGAUCUUUAAUUAACAGCCUGCUCUUUUUAAAAUCAGCUUGAAGCAUCAAGUGGCCCAUCAGAAUGGUCCGGAAGCCUCAACACAUCUUGUCACUCCUCUUAACUGCACAUGUCAUCUACUCAGCUCUGAGUCGUGUGGGAGCCAUGGAGGGGAGCAGAGAGUGCAGAGAACACGAAUACAAGGACCGCUUCGGGAACUGCAAACCCUGCAAACAGUGUGACGCAGGACAGGAGCUUUCUAAGGAAUGUGGCUUUGGUUAUGGAGAGGAUGCCCGGUGCGUGGCUUGCCGGAGCAGCCGCUUUAAAGAGGACCGGAGCCUGCAAAAGUGCAAACCCUGUCUGGACUGUGGCCUCAUCAACCGCUUCCAGAAGGGCAACUGCUCCACCACCAGCAACGCCGUGUGUGGUGACUGUCUACCAGGAUUUUACAGGAAAACAAAAUUAAGUGGAUUCCAGGACAUGGAGUGCAUACCUUGUGGGGACCCUCCGCCUCCAUAUGAGCCCAAUUGUAGUGGGCGUGUGAACUUGGUGCCUCUGCCCUCCGUGGUGGCCAGUCCUCGGGACAUGGCCCUGGCCGCAGUCAUCUGCAGCGCUUUGGCUACGGUCGUUCUGGCUCUGCUGGUUCUGUGCGUCAUCUACUGCAAGAGGCAGCUGCUGGAGAAGAAGCCCAGCGCUGCCUCUCUGAGGUCUCAGGACUGUCCCUACAGCGGGGCGGAGCUCUCCUGUCUGGACACCCGCUGGCUCCACGACUUCCCCCAGAGAACCUGCUGCCAGUGUCACCUGGACCCCGGACACCAUUGUGGUCCGGUCCACCUGAUCCCCUCUCUGUGCUGUGAUGAGAGCUGCAGUCUGGGCCGCAGCCAGGACAUUCGUCCUUUCCAGUCACAGAUGAGCCUCAGUGACGAAGAUACACACCUGCCUGAAGCAGAUACUCCAAUGUGGCUGGAAGGCCACACAGAGCCUGAGUGUGUGGGAGACGAUGGGAUGACAGGAAGUGUUGAGCCUCCUGAAUACGUCGAGCUUCCUUACUGCAGGGUCAACCCAGCAGAAGGAAGUGAGGAGGGAGGAGAGGAAGGGGAAGGAUUGAGGGAGUAUUCAUGUGGAAGGAGGAGUGAGGGCUGCACUGACACCGUGACUGAUGCACUUCUUCCUAAACAUCAAGGGCAAACGCAGGAAGGGUGACACGGAUUUGUUUGGCUCGAACCACCUCGAACUCGUCAACGACCGUGGCCGGAUUCACUCUCGGAUUCCUACCUUGUCUCCCCCGCACACACAGACACACGAAACACAGACACAAGUGCAGUCGCGCCGUCUCCUUGAAAUGCCUUGUCGAUGACCUCAGAGCCCUCCGUCAGAUGGUCCGGACAGAACAUGUACAUGCAUCCCCACAGAAGAGCUGCCGAAGAGGGAUAAAAACACUAAAACACACUGAGAAUGUGAACUCAAUGGCCCACAGGGUUUGAUCAUAUGAAGUUGAAACAUUGUGACUUUUAACAGUGAAGCAAAAUGAUUCCUGAGAAUGUCUCACAUCUUUACAUGUAGGAGAAUCUAAACUGUACUUCCCGUCUAGAAGCAGGUGUUAUGAAGCUUUUGUGUGUAAAAGUUUGAGGAAAUGUUUCAAAAGUGAUAAAGUUGCACAUCGAAGACAAUCUUGAUCGUACAAAACUGGUUGGGACGAGGAAUGUCUAAGUGAUAAAUGCCCUGUAGAUACUGUAAAAUACUUAAUAAUUCAAUAUUUUUGUUACGGACUGUAGACUUGACAGCAUGUUUGCCUUUCUCACCCCUAUUAAUAGUGUUGUUGGCUGUGAAAGAUCACGUCUAUGUAUCGUUGUAAAUAAACCACUUAAACAAGA